AUGACCUAUCGUUUCGAGAUUCUUCACGUCCUUCUCAUCCAAUACCUUACAUUCGUCCCAUUUAGCCAGCCAGUUGAGGUGCCCUGCUCUGCCUCGGCGGUCGGCCAUCUAUUCGUGCUCACACCAGAUUGCCAUCUACUAACCGCCCCUGUCAAGCAGGCCAACCAACUCGCCACUCGGCUUACGGGGUUUGCUGCGGCGGGCCCGUGUGACGUCGCGCUAUCUGGCGGCCCGCAACGCCCCAUAGCCCUCAUCACCAAGGAUCUUGCCACGAACGCCACCGGUCUGCAUCUGCUCUACCAUUCCCCGGCGGAAAAUGCGCUUCGGUUGACGAGCGUGAGCGAUGAUUUCUGGAAAGCAACUGAGGUGCGUACAGCAGCACUCGACACGUUGCCGGUUACAGGGAUUGGUAUUACCGGGCCUUCGCACAGCUUUGAUUCUUGUGUCCUGGCGGGAUCACAGCUGCGUUGCUACUGGAUGGAAGGCACUGGAGCUGAACUACGAGUGUUGGGCCGUCAAUUUCGAACUGGACACGACGCGGCUGGUGUAGAAGCAUUGCCAGAAAUCUCCAUCCCAGCAGCAUCAAUAGCCGAACACAUGCCACUGCUAGCUUACCUGGGGCGUGAUGGGCACACCAAUUUCCUGUUCACUCACGUGAUGAAAUGGUUAUGGCGGACUUCGGACCGCUACUCGUCGCCAACGUCUUUCGGGGUGGUCCGCGUCCCCAUCAAGUCCAACCCGGCGUCGAUGGCCCACUUUGCCACACCUCUAUCGGCAUCCCCCGCUGGCGUGACGACGGUGGUCUGCGACCGAAAAUCUGCCGGAUCCACCGUCUGCGAUCAUCACUUCACAGAUUUUACAACCUCUCACGCUCAAUGUCUCCUAAGAGCGCGGCAAAUGAUGCUUGUCGGCUUCAUCCCGGCGCCAAGUGGCUCCACAACAACUGCAGUGCCUCGCUUGAAGAAGCACCUUGUACGCCACAAAAAGCAGAACGAGGAGCCUCCGGCCGGUCCUGAAGAACCGACCACGGAAGCACCGACGACUACUUCAACGCCGGAAACUACAACGAAAGCGGAUGAGGGCAAGGAGGUGGUGAUCCCGGAGAAUCAUGCAGAUGGUAAUGAAACCAUGGUGAUCGAGGCUGGAGGGCCGAUUGAUGUACGCACUGAUGUUAAAUUGAUGCCACAAGGCCAUUCUGACAUCUGGCCCAUCAUCGUCGUCGCCAUCAUCUUCGGCGUCAUUUUGCUGAUCAUUAUCAUCUUCCUCUGCUGCCUAUUUUGCUGUAUUCGCCGCCAGCAGGACAGUAAAGAGAAAGAGGCCCACUUCAAGGUGCCUGAGCGAGAGCCGAAAGGAAUGGCCACGAAAAGCGACAUUGAGCGCGUGCUGGUUGUGGUGAAUGAGGCGCUGCGCUCGAGGGGCCACCAGCGUGACGAGAACGCGGCGAACCAAGUUGUCGCGCCGGAGCCAGCGAAACCGACCGACAGCGAAAAGAAGGGAAAAAUCAAAGUGCGGGUGACGCUCAAUGAGGACGACUUGAAAGAUGUGACGGCCAGCAAGACCACCGACGGAUCGGGCACCACGUCGAUGACGCGCCCAGUCUCGGCCUCGGCGGCUGCGUCGCCGGCGGGCGAGUAUCUCACCGAAUGCCCGACGUCCAACAACUGGGAAGCGGCUUCCCGGCCGAAAAUCCGAGAAGAUACGCCGAAACCACGCAAGCAUAAGCUAGAAAGGAUGAUGCCCCCAUCCUCUACAAAAACCGAUUCGUGCGAUCCGGAGGCGGACAAGGAUUCGCGGCUGCCGUGGGCGACUGGACGCAGUUUCACUGUGCAAAAAAGCUAUUCCUCGAGGAAGGAUCGUAAACAACGAAACCAUUCUGGCUUGGCUGAUGGGCGCCAUUCCAAGGAAAAUCAUGGACUUCACAAAGGCAGCGUGACGAUCAACGGCGAAUCGUCUGGGCGCUUUGUGCUUGGCCAGAAGAAGAAA